AUGUCGACGAUCAAGCCGACAAGUAGUGAAGGCGUGAUGUCUGAGGUGGAAGCAAGAUCCACACACUCCUCUUGCUCCCUCGAUGUAAUGCUCGAGUUCUUCUCCGUUGGCGACGACGACUGGACCCCUCAGUCAAACGUCAAGGACGCCACACUCCGCAGAGUCGUGGAUUGGGCUGCGCACCGGGAUGAGAAUGGAAUGGACAAGAGCACGGACGCCGACCGAAGAGCUCUCACGCCCUGGGAAGGUAGCUUCCUCGGAGCCGAGCGGGAUUUCCUGCUCGAGAUAAUUGAAGCAGCCGAUGGUCUCGACAUCAGAACAUUACUCGAUCAAGGCUGCGAGGAGCUCGCCAACAAAGCGAGAGGCAAGACACUCGGAGAUCUCCGGAAGGUCUUCAAUCUACCGGAAAAGAAGAACUCGGAAUGA